AUGGCACUUUCACCAAUGGAUCAACAAUCGAUCACACCGAUUAAUACGCACAAUUCACAACAAAAAAAAUCAUUAUUAAUAGAAAAAAAACUGAUAUCAGCAUCCGAGCGUUUUAAUCAAUUUUUACUUCAUUCAAAUUUACACGCUGCAAAAUACAUUGCCACAGCUCAGACAAAAGGAUUAAAAAUUCUCUUUAUACUUUUAUUUAUUGGUUGUUUAACAGUACAUAUAUCAUUUAGUGUAUCAGCUGUGAAAAAAUACUUUAAUCGACAGUUCAUUCAAAAUCAUAACUUAAUACUCGAUUAUGAUCUAAAAUACCCAGCUAUUACUAUUUGUUUCAUGCCAGAACCAUUGCGUUACGAUGAACGAUUUAAACAAGUAUUUAGAAAAUACUUGAAUUUAAUUGAUGGCGAGAAUAUAACUAACGAACAAGCACUAAAUUCCGUUGAAGGGUUUCAAUAUGUUUAUUUAACUCAAGGUCGAUUUGAAGAACUUAGUGAACUGUCAUUCAACCUUCAUGAUCGUCUUUUAAGUUGUUCCUUUAAUUUAGUAGAAUGUAAUGAGGGGAAUUUUACCCAUUCUUAUCAAGAUGGAAAUUGUUAUACAUUCAAUAGCAGAACGUUGGAUACUCAAGCCUAUCUAACCAUGCAAAAAGCAGAAAUAUUAGUACCUGAAGUUCUAGACAGUUCAAUUCGUUCUGUUCGCGAAGGCACAGUCGAUCUUGGACUAUCGCUGCGUUUUUAUUUGCAUGAUCAUUUGACAUUUCCAUCUAAUCGAAAUUAUCCUGGUAUUCUUGUGAGUACUCAUCAUCAUGACGAAGUGUCCACAUCCGGUGAGUUCCAGUUAGUACAACCAGGACAAUUUUACAUGAUAAUUUUUAAGAAAGAGAAUUAUACGAGUCUUGGAGGUUCAUAUGAACGAUGUACAAAUGAAAUGUUGAGCGAUCAAGCUUAUUUAAUGUCAAAACGUUUCGGUGAAAAUGAUUAUGCUUACGAUCAAUAUUUAUGUGUCCGUCUAUGUGAGUUGAAAUUCAUUUACCAAGCAUGCGGAUGUAUUCCACUUUUACAUUUUCCAAUACAAAAAUUAUUAAUUAAUGGUGAACUUAAAUCAAUUUCUUACUGCAACAUAAAUGAUUCUUCCAUUAAUAAUAUCGUAAAAGAACAAAUGGAAAUAUUUCGUUCAACUAAUUAUCAACAAACAUGUCCACAUUGUUUGAAAAAGUGCUCAUCAAGUAAAUACAACCUCUUCGUUUCGUCAUUACAAGCACCAGCACAUACGCAUAUUGAUCAAUUAGUUAAAGAAGUUGAAAAACUAGCUGCCAAGACUAACAUCACAUUACCAAAUGAUUUUUAUUCAAACACACUUGAACACUUUAGAAUGAAUUACGUUGAAAUGGUCAUAACUGCAAGAAAUAAUUAUUUAGUUAGCGUCAACACACAACAACCAGCAUAUACAUUUCCGAUGUUAAUAGCCGACCUUGGAGGAUAUUUCGGAUCACUGUAG